UCGGCAAGACGUACGUCGUGCCCGACGCGAGGAUGGGCGUAAAACUCGCGUCCGCCGACAGUGACGCCGACAUCAAGUAUCGUAUAGUGAGCGGUGAUCGCGACAAGUUCUUCAAGGCGGAGGAGCGCACGGUCGGCGACUUUUGCUUCCUCCUCAUUCGGACUCGUACCAGUAACGUCGACGUGCUGAAUCGCGAGCGUAAAGACCGCUACGUGCUCGAGGUGCGGGCGAGCAGGCGCGACGUAGGUAGGAGCCGGGCGGUCGAGGCGGACGCCACGGUGGUGGUGAGGAUACUCGAUACGAACGAUCUCAAUCCGCUGUUCUAUCCGACCGAGUACGAGACCACCGUGACGGAGGACACGCCUUUGCACCGCAGCGUACUCAGGGUAAUCGCCGAGGACGCCGAUCUCGGGAGAAACGGCGAGAUUUACUACAGCUUCGCCGACGAGACCGAUCAGUUCGCCGUUCAUCCGGUCAGCGGCGUAAUCACGCUCACCAGGCCGCUCAGGUACUCGGAGCGGCCGCUCCACGAGCUGGUGGUGCGCGCGAAGGACCGUGGCGCUCUGUUCCGCAGCGUGGGCCUCGCGAGCACCGCCAAGGUGACGAUCCGUGUGAAGCAGGUGAACCUGAACGCGCCCGAGAUCUACGUGCACCACCUGCCGGUGAUCGUGGAGAACUCGUACGCCGACAUCUACGCGAUCGUGCGCGCGAUCGACCGCGACGAGGGCCCGCACGGGCAGAUCGCGAGCCUGGAGAUCGUGGGCGGCGACCCGGCCGGGCACUUCAGGGUGCGGCAGGUCGCCUCCGGCGAGUACAACAUCGAGGUGCUGCACCUGCUGGACCGCGAGAGCGCGGUGCAGGGGUACAACCUGACGCUGCGCGCGACCGACCGCGGGGUGCCGCAGCGGUACAGCUACAAGUUCGUGCCGGUGCAGCUGGCCGACCUGAACGACAACGCGCCGGUGUUCAGCCGCGAGAUCUACGAGGUGAGGGUGCCGGAGACGGCGCCGAUCAACAGCCCGGUGAUCCGACUGAAGGUGACGGACGCGGACGAGGGGAGGAACGCGCUGGUCUUCCUGGAGAUAGUCGGCGGCAACGAGGGCGGGGAGUUCUACGUGAACGCGGAGACCGGGAUGCUGUACACCGCGGUGAACCUGGACGCGGAGAAGAAGGCCUUCUACACGCUGACGGUGUCGGCGAUCGACCAGGGGAACGCCGGCACCCGCAAGCAGUCCUCGGCGAAGGUGAAGAUCAACGUGGUCGACACGAACGACAACGACCCGACGUUCGAGCAGUCGGAGACGGAGGUCUGGCUGGACGAGAACGAGCCGGCCGGCACGUCGGUGGUGCGCGUCGCCGCGAAGGACCGGGACUCCGGCGAGAACGCCUACAUCUCGUACAGCAUCGACAACAUCAGGAAGGUGCCGUUCGAGAUCGACCACUUCUCCGGGAUCGUGCGGACGAAGCAGGUGCUCGACUACGAGACGAUGAAGCGGGAGUACCUGCUGCACGUGCGCGCCAGCGACUGGGGCCUGCCGUACCGGCGGCAGGCGGAGAUGCAGCUGCGGGUGCGGCUGCGCGACGUCAACGACAACCGGCCGCAGUUCGAGCGGAUCGAGUGCGCCGGCCACGUGGCGCGCUACGUGCCGAUCGGCACGGAGAUCAUCACCGUGUCGGCGAUCGACUUCGACGCCGGGAAUAUCAUCAGCUACCGCAUCGUCUCCGGCAACGCCGACGGUUGCUUCGCCCUCGACCCGGCCAGCGGCGUGCUCUCGGUCGCCUGCGACCUCGCCGACCUCAAGGCCACCGAGAGGCUGGUCAACGUCACCGCCACCGACGGCACCCACUUCGCCGACGUGAACCCCGUGCGCGUCCACCUGGUGAACGCGAAGCGGGGCGGCUCGAGGCUGCUGACCGACGAGGCCGGGGCCUUCGAGUGCCACGAAACCGGGGUGGCGCGCAGGUUGACCGACGCGAUCGCCUCCGCCGAGAGGAACAACAUGCCGUCGCGCGACGACGAGUACACCCUGACGCCCAGCCGGUACGGCGAGAACGUGCACGCGCCCGAGUUCCUCGACUUCCCGGACGAGGUGCGGGUGAACGAGUCGGUGAAGCUCGGCGCGACCCUCGUGCGCAUCCGGGCGCGCGACAGGGACCUCGACUACAACGGGAAGCUGGUGUUCUGCAUCUCCAGCGGCGACCGCGACUCCGUCUUCGGCAUCGACCCGGACACCGGCGACCUCGAGGUCAUCGGCUACUUGGACCGCGAGAGGGAGAGCGAGUAUUACCUGAACGUGAGCGUGUACGACCUGGGCAAGCCGCAGAAGUCCGCGUCGAAGAUGCUGCCGGUGACCGUCCUCGACGUGAACGACAACGCGCCCAAGUUCGAGAAGUCGCUCGCGAGCUUCCGGAUCUCCGAGACCGCGCUGAACGGCACGAACGUGUGGCGCGCGAACGCGAGCGACGCCGACCUCGGCGACAACGCGCGGCUCACCUACUCCCUCGUGACGGAGACCGACGACUUCCGGGUGGAGCCCGUCACCGGCGUGCUCAGCGUCUUCGGCAAGCUCGACAGGGAGCGGCAGGAGGUGUACGAGCUGAGGAUCCGGGCGAGAGACGGCGGCAACGACCCGGGCCUCUACUCGGACGCGCUGGUCCGCGUCACCGUCGACGACGUCAACGACAACCCGCCCACCUUCGCCCUCACCAGUUACAACGUGAAGAUACGCGAGGACGUGCCGGUGUGGACGGUCGUCGCGGUCGUCGACGCGACGGACCCCGACGAGGGCGCCGGCGGCGACGUCGAGUAUUUCCUCUCGGACGCCAUGGAGAGCGAGGGCUACUUCAAGGUCGACAAAGUCUCCGGCACCGUCAGGACGACCCAGAGCCUCGACUUUGAGGAACGGCAGGUGCACACCCUGACGAUCGUGGCGCGCGACCGUGGCGAGCCCGCCCUCUCCUCCGAGACGAUGGUGAUAAUCGAGGUCGUCGACGUGAACGAGAAUCUCCACGCGCCCGUCUUCGACGACUUCGUCGUGUCCGCGAGUGUCUUCGAGAACCAGCCCGUCGGCACCCUCGUCGCGACCGUAAGGGCCAAGGACGCGGACCCCCCCGGCGGCGACUCCAGAAUCGGAUACAGCAUCCGUGGCGGCGACGGCGUCGGCGUCUUCUCCGUCGACAACGAAGGAAACAUCAGGACCAGGGUGGUGCUCGACGUCGAGACGAAGAGGGGGUACUGGCUGACGGUUUACGCCCAAGAUCACGGAGUGGUGCCGCUCAGCUCGAGCCUGCAAGUCUACGUCGAGGUGCUGGACGAGAACGAUAACACGCCGCUGACCGAGCUCCCGGUUUACUAUCCCUCCGUGCCGGAGAACUCGCCCGCCGGCGUCAGCGUCCUGCAGAUCCGCGCCUUUGAUCGCGACGCCUCGCCCCAGCGAUUCGUCUUCUCCAUCAGCAGCGGCAAUCCGGAGGGUUAUUUUCUCAUCAACUCCACCACCGGUCUCAUCACCACCAGCGGCAGGAAGCUCGACCGCGAGAACCAGGCGGAACACGUUUUGGAGGUGACAGUAAGAGACGACGGCAAGCCUCCUUUGUCGUCGACUACGAGGGUCGUCAUUGAGGUUGCGGACAUUAACGACCACAGGCCCGACUUUGAGCAAAAGUUCUACACGGUUCAGAUUCCAGCGUCGCUGGCAACCGACAAGCCCCUCUUCCAGGUACUUGCCAAAGACCAGGAUAUCGGCGAGAACGGCAGGAUCCAGUAUAGUAUAAAGAGCGGCCGAGGGAAGGGCAAGUUCAAGAUUCACCCUACCACGGGUAUGGUGUACUCGCAGCGCGGACUCGAGGCUGAUCAGGAAUAUGAGAUGUUGAUACGAGCGACCGACCACGGCGAGCCGCAGCGUAGUCAUCAGACUCGAGUGUCCGUUCAGGUUGUAGAGACACCGAAGAAAUCGGAGCAUCCUCCGGUGUUCAAGACGAACAAUCAGAGCGUGGAGGUAACGGAGAGCGACGAGGUGGGCUUUCUAGUGGCUCUCAUGCAAGCCACCGACAAGGACGGUGAUUCCCUGUGGUACGAUAUUUUAGACGGGGACAAGUGCGACGAGUUCUUCAUCGGCCGUGACAAUGGCAACGUGCUGCUGGCGAAGCGGCUGGAUUGGGAGAGCCGGAACUUUUACAACCUGACUAUCGGCGCGACGGACGGCGUGCACACCGCGUUGGCGCAGCUGUACGUGACGGUGAUCGACAUCAACGAUCACCGGCCGGAGUUCACCGAGAGCACGUAUCACGUCGACAUCUCCGAGAACGUCGAGAGGGGCAAGAAGAUCCUGCAGCUGCACGCGAGCGACGAGGACGAGGACAAGAAGGUCUUCUACAGCCUGCACGCGGCGCAAAGCCAGGCCUCCCUGGAGAUCUUCCACGUGGACUCGGUGCUGGGCUCGGUGACACUGAACGAGCCGCUCGACCGGGAGGCGAUCGAGGAACACGUGCUGACGGUGAUGGUGAAGGAUCAGGGCACUCCGGCUAAGCGCAACUACGCCCGCGUCGUCGUGACCGUGCACGACCACAACGACCACCCGCCCGAGUUCAUCAGCGAGAUCAUCCAGGGCAAGGUGUACGAGACCUCGCCGCUCGGCGCCGCGGUGGUGCAGGUGUGGGCGAUCGACCGGGACCGCGGCGAGAACGCGCGGAUCACCUACUCGAUCACGUCCGGCAACGUCGGCAACGUGUUCGCGAUCGAGCCGGAGCUGGGUCUGAUCCGGGUGGCCCGCGAGCUCGACCUCGGCGUCACCUCCGAGUACAUACUGCUGGUGAAGGCGACCGAUCACGGCUCGCCGGCGCUCUCGAACACGGUGCCGGUGCACGUGAUGGUGACGAUGGCCGACGACGCGCCGCCCCGCUUCGUCCAGAAGGAGCUCUCCGCGGAGAUCUACGAGAACCAGCAGCUGGGCACGUACGUGAAGCACGUGGAGGCGAGGAGCACGUCGUCGCUGCAGUUCGAGCUGCUGCGCGGCAACCGGGACGACACCUUCUUCGUGAACCCCAGCACCGGCGUGAUCGUGAUAAAGAAUCAGCUGGACUACGAGAGGACGAAGUUCUACAACCUGUCGGUCUCGGCGACCAACAUGGCCGGCGCCACCGCCGUCUGCAGCGUGAUCGUUCACGUGCUCGACAGGAACGACAACGCGCCGCGCUUCCUGCAGGCCCUCUACAGCGGCGAGAUCAGCGAAGGCGCCAGCAUCGGCUCGCUCGUGCUGACCAACACGAGCGCGCCGUUGGUGAUCAAGGCCGAGGACGCCGAUUCCGAGCUGAACGCGCUGCUCAACUACGACAUCGUCGAGGACCUGCCGCGAAAGUACUUCCACAUCGACUCGAGCACCGGCGCCAUCAGGACGGUCAUGGUGCUCGAUCACGAGACCGUACCGGCGUUCUCGUUCCACGUGAAGGUCUCGGAUCUCGGCAAGCCGAGGCUCUCCUCCGAGACCACGGCCAGAGUGAUGAUCGCCGUGACGGACGUGAACGAUUGCCCGCCCAAGUUCUCCGAGACCGAUUACAACGUCACGCUGCUGCUGCCGACGUACAGGAACGUCGCCGUGAUUCGCGUCACCGCCGUGGACCCCGACAGCUCCGAGGGAACUGCCCUGAGGUACGAUAUUAUCGACGGGAAUAAAGCUCACGCCUUCGACAUAGACGCUCAGAGCGGCAUCGUCACGGUGCACAAUCCGGAACGCAUGAAGAAGAAUCAUCUGCUGCACGUGCGGGUGUCGGACGGGAAGUACUCGAGCGUGGCGCAGGUCAGCGUCACCGUGGAGAAGUCGGAGAAUUCGGGCCUGAUCUUCCAGAAGAGCGUCUACGAGGGCGCGAUACUGGAGAACUCGACGAAAAUCACGACGGUGAUGGUGGUGAACGUACUCGGUAGUUCCUUGAACGAGCACAUCCUCUUCAGCAUUCUCAAUCCCACGGACAUGUUCGUGAUCGGGCCGACCUCGGGCGCGAUCCGAACCACCGGCAUACGAUUCGAUCGGGAGACGUGCGAUCAUUACGAGCUGAUCGUUGAGGCGAAGAGCCAGCCGCCGGAUCGCGAGAAGCCCCGGGUGGCUCACGUCGUAGCGAACGUCACGAUACUCGACAUCAACGACAACUGUCCGAUGUUCGUCAAUCUUCCGUAUUACGCGGUCGUGUCGGUCGACGCGCAGAAGGGAGACGUCAUCACGAAGGUGCACGCGGUCGACAUGGACAGCGGCGACAACGGCGAAGUGCGGUACGAACUGAAGAAGGGCCACGGCGAGCUGUUCAAGGUGUGCCGGAAAACCGGCGAGAUAUCGUUGAAGCAGAACCUCGAGGGUCACAAUCGCGAGUACCAGCUGACGAUCGCCGCGUACGACGGCGGAAUAACGCCCUGCUCCAUUGAGGUGCCAGUCAACGUGAAGGUGAUAGAUCGUUCGAUGCCGGUAUUUGACAAGCAAUUCUACACGGAUAGCGUGCUCGAAAGUAUAGAAGUACAUUCACCUCUGGCGUUAUCCAUUCAAGCUGAGUCACCGUUGAGUCGCAAGCUCAUAUACAGCAUUACGAAGGGCAAUGAUUUCGAGGAGUUCGCCUUGGACUUCAACACAGGUGUAAUCUAUGUGGUGGAUGAGCUGGAUUAUGAGCAAAAGAAGCAGUAUGAACUGACCGUACGCGCCACCGACAGCGUGUCGGGCGUUUACGCGGAGGUGCUGGUUAGCAUCCUCGUUCUGGACGUGAACGACUGCCCGCCCGAAUUCACGCAGGAUUCCUACAACAUCUCGGUGUCGGAGGCGGCGUCAUUCGGGACCUCCGUCUUGCGAGUGAGCUCGAGGGACAACGACACGGGCAUAAAUCAGAAGGUCCGGUACGCCAUACAAAACGACACGGAGAACAGCACGGAGCUGUUCCACAUCGACCCGGACGAGGGUGUGAUCUUUCUCAAGCGGUCACUGGACCACGAGACCCGCGAGUCCCAUCAUUUCACGGUGAUCGCGAUGGAUCGCGGCGUUCCCAGUCUGUCGAGCACGGCGCACGUCUGGGUGAGCGUGAUCGACAUGAACGACAACCCGCCGAAGUUUGAGCAGCCGUCGUACACCUGCUCGCUUUCGGAGCACGCCGAGCGCGGGCAGUUCGUCACGGUGGUAUCGGCGAGCGAUCCCGACUACGUCGACGAGAAGCUGACGUAUACCAUCGUAGGCGGUAAUGAGCAGCAGACUUACAACAUCGACCAGUCGACCGGCGUGAUUUCGCUCAUAAACAUGCAAAACUUCGGUGAACAGAAGCUCAGCAUGCUCAACGUAUCCGUGACCGACGGCGUGUACACCAGCUUCAGCCGCGUAAAAAUCGAAAUCCUGCCGGCGAACCGGCACAAUCCCAAGUUCCCGAACCCGGUGGUCGAGGUGACGGUCUUGGAGAAUCAGCUACCGGGCAGGCUGGUCACCAGCGUCCUGGCCGUGGACGAGGACUUCGGGGAGUACGGCGCGGUGAUGUACACGAUAAUGUCGGAAACGAUGCGGGAGAUGUUCGAUAUCAAUAAAUUGACCGGCGAGAUCGUGACGCGCAAGAGGCUCGACCGGGAGCAGCAGAAGCGGCACGAGAUACCGGUGAUGGCGACGGACGGCGGCGGUAGAUCCGGAUUUGUGAUGGUGCGGGUCAAGGUCGGCGACGAGAACGACAACGCGCCGGUCUUCCUCCUGCGCGAGUACAAAGCGACCAUCCAGAGCAACCUGUCCGCGAACACGCCGUUUCUGAGGGUCAGGGCGCAAGACGCGGACGAGGACGAGGCCGCCAAGAUCGUUUACUCCAUCUACGAGCCGCAAACGUCGCCCACCAGGUCCCUCUUCGGUAUCAAUCCCGACACGGGGGCUCUCUUUCUACUGAAGAGCGCCGCGAGCGCCGAAAACCAAUUAUUCGAGCUGUUUAUCCGUGCGGAGGACAAAGGCACGAGUACACAUCACGCCGAUGUGCCGCUCAGCAUCUACAUAAUGGGUCCGCACGAUAUGGCGCCGCUGUUCGAACGGAAAGAAGACAAGUUCUUUAUAAGCGAAGCCUCGGCUAUCGGCACGCCGAUCACGAAGCUGAAAACCGUCACUAACAGCACCGUGACGUAUCGCAUAAUAUCCGGCGACGAGGAUAACCCGCUCUUCACGAUCGAUUCUCACGGCCAAAUUACUCUCGCGAGGCCAUUAGACCGGGAAUUGAAGGACAGCCAUUUAAUUGGCGUCCUCGCCGAGACGGAUUCCAGCCCGCCGCUCACAGCCCUCGCUAAGAUCUCACUUCAGGUGUUGGACGAGAACGAUCACGCGCCGAAAUUCGAGAGCAACCCGUACGCGAUCAGCUUGGCGGAGAACAUCGAGGAGGGGACGUCGAUAUUGAAGGUGAUCGCGCACGACAAGGACCUCGGCAGCAACGGCGAGGUUCGUUACUCCUUCGGCUCCGACAUCGGGGAAUUAGCGAACGUGUUCACGGUGGACGCUUACACCGGCUGGAUAUCAACGCUGGUGCAGCUCGACAAGGAGAAGCAGCCGGAGUAUAAAUUUCAGGUCGUCGCGACGGACAAUGGGAACCCGAAGCACUUCGCGAGGACGUCGGUGCACGUGAAAUUAAAGGACUACAACGACAACUCCCCCAUGUUUAUCGACGAUCGUUACGAGGCGACGGUGAACGAGGACGCCUUGCCAGGCACAGUCGUGGUGAAGCUGGUCACCGUCGACAAGGACUCCGACGUCAACACGCCGAUCGAGUUUUACAUAACGUCCGGCGACCCCAGGUCGCAAUUUCAGAUCAGAUCCACCGGCGAGGUGUACGUCGCGAAACCGUUGGACAGGGAGACGAUCGAUCGCUACGAGCUCGAGAUCGUCGGUACCGAUGGGAAAUACGUCUUCGAGACGAGGGUGACGGUGCAGAUAUUGGAUGUGAACGACAACCCGCCGUAUUGCCUGCGAUAUCGCUACAGGGAGGUGCUGUCGGAGGGCUCGCAUCCCGGCGCCUACGUUCUCACCGUGCUGGCCACCGACUACGACGACGAGCCGAACGCUAAGCUGCGCUUCUACCUGACCGGCGACAGCAACGACAAGUUCUCGCUGGACAAGGAGACGGGCGUGUUGAAGACCGUCGGGCAACUCGACCGGGAGAGCCAAGCCAGGUACUCGCUGACCGCGCACGUGCAGGACCGCGACAAGCCGAUGUGGGAGUGCUCCUCGCAGCUGGAGAUCCUCAUCUCCGAUCUGAACGACAACGCGCCGAGAUUCACCAUGCAGACUUACAGCAGCACCCUGCCCGAGGACGUGGAGGUCGGCACGUUGGUGACGAAGGUGCACGCGACGGACGACGAUAUCGGCAUCAACCGGAAGAUCCGUUACGAGUUCGUCGAUUCCGCGGACGGGCAUUUCUUCGUCGCCCCUGACAGCGGCAUAGUCACCCUCGGCAAGCCGUUGGACAGGGAAACUAAGGCCAUGUACAACGUGACCGUGCAGGCGUUGGAUCAGGGCACUCCGCAGCUGAUGGGCAUCGCCUCGCUCAUCGUCAACGUGCAGGACAUCAACGACAAUCCGCCCGAGUUCGCUUCCAAGGUCUACUUCGCGAAGGUGCCGGAGAUCUACGCGGUCGGCACCGAGGUCGCCAGGGUCCUCGCCACCUCCAAGGACACGGGGGUGAACGCUGACAUAUACUACUCGAUCGUCGGCGGUAACGAGCACAAGAAGUUCCAGAUCGACGCGAAAACGGGCGUGGUUGCCAUCGCGGAACAGCUGGACUACGAGCGAGCGCGUGACUACUUCCUCACCAUCCAGGCGGUCGACGGCGGCAUCCCGCCGUUGAGCAACCACGCCACCGUCAACAUCACCGUCACCGACAGCAACGACAACGCGCCCAUCUUCAGCGAGGUCUCCUACAGAGCCGCUGUGAGGGAGGAUGCGAAGAUCGGGGAGAAAGUUGUGCAGGUUUACGCGAACGAUCUGGACAGCGAGGAGAACGGUAACGUGUCGUAUUACAUAGAACGGGGCGACAGGCAGAAGCAGUUCUCCAUCGACAGCAAGACCGGGCAGAUGAGCGUGGCGGCGCCGUUGGACCGAGAAGAGAUCGCGGGCUACGUGCUGGAGGUGCACGCGCGAGACAGCGGCAUACCGGUGCUCUCGAGCUUCGUGAUGGUGAACAUCGAGGUGAUGGACGCGAACGACAAUCCGCCGUUGUUCUCCUUGCCGAAUUACACGGCGGUCGUGCAGGAGGACAAGCCGCUCGGCCACACGGUGCUGGAAUUCGUGGUGACCGACGCGGACACCGAGCCGAACGCCGAGCCUUACACCUUCGAUUUUCGCUCCGGGAACGAGGGCGACGCCUUCCGGCUGGAGCAGGACGGCACGCUGCGCACGGCGACGAAAUUUAAUAACAGAGUGAAGGAUAAGUACGUACUGCACGUCCGGGUGUUCGAUAAUGGCAGCCCGCCGUUGUGGUCGGACGCGUGGGUUGUAAUCAAGGUGAUCGAGGAGUCGCAGUACCCGCCGGUAAUUACGCCCCUGGAAGUGGUCAUCAAUUCUUACAUGGACGAGUACCCCGGCGGGAUCAUCGGGCAAGUUCACGCGACCGACCAAGACCAGUACGACACGCUCGUAUUCGGCUUGGCGCCGUCCCUCGUUCCGAACAACGAUCUCUUCCAAAUACACGAGGUCGACGGCACUCUGGUGGCUCUGCCGAGGCUCGACGUCGGCGAGUACAGAGUGAACGUGAGCGUGACGGACGGCAAGUUCCAUUCGUACUCGAUCGUAAAGGUGAACGUCGACCUGGUGACGGAGAAGAUGCUGGAGAACUCGGUGAUCGUGCGAUUCCGGGAGGUCAGCCCGGAAGACUUCAUUCUGAGCCAUCGCAAGGGCUUCGUCCGCACGGUUCGCAACGCGAUGAACUGCAGGCUGAAAGACAUCGUCAUCAUCAGCGUGCAGCCGUCGAGCGACGAGGCGAACCUGAUAAAGUCGCGAGCCGUCCGGCAAGCGGUGCACAACGACCUCGACCUCCUCUUCGCCGUGAAGAAGCCCCCGGCGUCGGGCUUCCACGCCUCGGAGACCGUGCGCGAAUCGCUGAACCAGCACUUGGAGGAGUUGGAGGAGUCGACGAAGCUGGUGGUGGAGGAGAUCGUCCGGUUCAAGUGCAGCAAGGGCUACUGCUUCUACGGCGAGUGCCAGGACAGGAUCGUCCUCGAGCCGAAGCUGAUCACGCCCGUCGCCACGGACGUGAUGAGCUUCGUGUCGCCGCGGCACAAGCACACGAUCGAGUGCAGCUGCAAGGAGGGCUACGCCGGCACUCACUGCGAGGUGGUGGUGAACGAGUGCGCCCGGGAGCCCUGCCCGAUGUUCAAGGUCUGCGUGCCGGACUCCUCCGUGCAGGGCUACUCCUGCCAGUGUCCGGAGGGAUUCGCCGGUCAGAUCUGCGACAUCGACAUGUCCAAGUGUCACGACAAGGCCUGCUACAUACCGCGGAACCCGAUAUCCUUCAGCGGCAAGAGCUACGCCCGGUACAAGAUCGACAAGGCGCUGAUACGGCAGACGAUCGAGGACCGGCUCAACCUGUCCCUGAGGAUACGGACGGUCCAGCCCACCGGCAAUCUGAUGUACGCCGCCGGCAAGGUGGAUUACAACAUCCUGGAGAUCGUGAACGGGGUGAUGCAGUACAAAUUCGACCUGGGCAGCGGCGAGGGCCUGGUCAGUGUGAGCAGCGUGUACGUGAGCGACGGCCAGUGGCACGAGGUCAAACUGGAGCGGGAGAGCAACAACGCGCGGCUGAUCGUUGACGGGCACGUCGCGCACGGCUCGGCGCCCGGUAUCAACGACAUCCUGAAUCUGCAGUCGGACGACCUCUACCUGGGCGCCGAGGUCAGGCAGCACCCGUCGAUCAUCGGCUUCGAGGAUGUCCAGCGCGGCUUCGUCGGCUGCAUGGACGACGUCAGGAUCGCCCGGGUCUCCGUGCCGCUGCACAUGAGCGGCGCCAGCAGCGUGGCGGUCCUCAAGCGCUUCGCGAACGUCGAGUUCAGUUGCGACACCGCGACCAUCCUGGUGCCAGCCGGCAUCUGCGGCUCGCAGCCCUGCCAGAACGGCGGCACCUGCAAAGACUCCGCCGAAGACGGUUACGAGUGCCAGUGUCACAGCAGGUUCGCCGGCCUGGCGUGCGAGAUCGACACCGAUCCUUGCGCCUCGUCGCCCUGCCUCUACGGCGGACGUUGCAAGGUCCUGCGGGAGAGCGGCGAUUACUCGUGCGAGUGCGCCGGCCCGAGUCUCACCGGCAAACGCUGCGAGUUCGGCCGAUACUGCAGCCCGAACCCGUGCAUCCACGGCGGGGUCUGCGAGGAGGGCAACAACGGGCCGAUCUGCAAGUGCCAGGGCUUCACCGGCGACCGCUGCCAGACCGACGUGAACGAGUGCGAGGCGAGCCCCUGCGCGAACGGCGGCACCUGCGUCAACGAGAACGGCACUUACCACUGCAUCUGCCCGCCGAACAUGACCGGCCUCAACUGCGGCAACCCCGCUUACUCCACCCCGAUUGUAUCCAGCCACUUCAACUUCACGUGGGAACUUAUGAUGUGGAUCGGUGGCGUCUUACUGCUCAACGUCUUCGUCGUCCUCAUAUUCGUCGCUUUCCGGCAGUUUCGCCUCAAGCGGACCAGAGCGCGCGCCGACAAUAUCAACAACGAGACGCGCAAGCAGAUCGUCCUGAACUCCGCGAGGCCGUCCGAACACGAGUUCAAGCGCAGCUCGAAGCUCAGCAAUCUGGAAGUCAUACAGAGAGAACCUCCCCAAUGUCCUCCCAGACCCGCUUCCUACACCCCAAGCUCGAACAACGAGCCGGCCGCGUACGGUAACUCGGCGGCGGCGGCUCUGAAUAACUUGGACACUCUGCGCAGCUACGGCAGCGCGGGCGACGAGUUGGAGAACUUCCCGCCGGAUUACCUGAGAAACCUAAACCGCAGUACUCCCGUACCACCUCCGUCCUUGACCCUCACUAACCCGGUCGGUGGGAAUGCGACCGGCAGCGACACGGACAGCCUGCACAAGCCCACCUGGCAGGAGCAGAUGCAGCUGGCUUCCUUCAUAACCGAUACCACCAAGAUCAAGAACGACCUGAAACGAGCGAGCCCAGUGGUACCGGAGCUGACCACUGGAGGACUUCUACUAAAUUCCUCCCGACGGCUACCUCACGCGAUUGGGUCUUCCUCCGUCGCCUCCGUCACAUCCAUCGAGGAUGAUCCUCGCAUCGUUGGCGGGUAUCAUUGGGACUGCUCAGAUUGGGUCAGGCGAAGCCAGAACCCUUUGCCCAAUAUCACGGAAGUGCCUGGCAGCGAGGUCCCGGACUCGUCCAGCUUCCACAGCAAUGAGAGCAACGAGUCUAAUACUCAUCAGUUACCAUCAAUACACGGUCCAAUAGACCCGACUAGGGACAUCGAGACUCUAAACGAGGAUCAGGAGUCGGAGUAUGUCGGCGAUUCCGAAUGCGGGACCGAGUUCUCCGAGCAGUAUCAUUGCGCGGAGACGCAGCGUCUCAACCCUCUCGACAGCGGCUGCGAGGGGGAGUACAAGUACAAGAGCUCCGAGAGCUACCUCCGGCACCCGAACUCGUACCUACCGCAUUACAACAUUCACACCGACACCGAGAACGAGACGAACCCGCUGAACGGCCGUCUCAGCACUUUAGAGUCCGACGAGGAGGAGGAGGAUGACGAUGUAGUGCCUUACGGUUUCCCGAGCACCCGCCGCCGCAACCGGUGCCACAAGGUGGACGAGGCGGACGAGAUCGGCUCGGUCAUCACCACGCUGGAGGAGAGGAAUUCGCUGUUGGGCGGCGCGACCAGCAACAGCGAUCUCUCCACGAAUCUCUGCGAGAUCGACGAUUCCGAGUACGAGAUCGCGGAGCAGAAGAGCAACGGCCGGCUGUGGCUGUCCGGGAACGGCAUCACGCAGACCUCAGUGUGACGAAUGACGAUGGUGGUGCCGCAGAAUAGACUGAAACGUGCGAGCGUGUUUCUCUGUGCUUCUACGAUCGAGACGAGCGGAUGUCUGUGAAUAUGCGAUUUUGUACAUAGGUGUUUACCGCCAUAAGUAGGACAAUCUGUACAGGCAGCUACGAUGUUUUAAGGGUUGCGCGAGAGCUGCCCCAGCUGCGUACGUUGUGUAUCGUCACGGGGAUGCAUCACGCCUCAAAUCUCUCCUGCUACCAUGGGUGUAGAGUUCAAGCGUACUUAAUCCUGCGAGGGUCGCCCUGUCGUCACGUAUCUUGCAGAUCGUGAUCAACGUACGCGUCAAUGUCACGCCAUAUCGAGAAGGACCGUUCAUUUCUCUCUCGUUUUUAUUACGUAGGUUGCGUUCUUAUAUCAUCCGAACUCGUUGUUUCGUUAUAAUAACGCGCCAAGUGCAAUGCGCAGUCUCUAUGGUUCGGUGGAAAGAAACGAAAGGUUUCUUUUACUUCCGCUACUAAGUUGCGUCUUCUCAGCCGCGAGGUAUCGAUACGCGAAAGCGCGCUCUCUCACUAUUUUAUAUAUAUAUAUAUAUAUAUAUAUAUAUGUUCGAUCGGGAAAUAUAAAUUAUAAUUGUACGUUAAGCAAUGGCGCCGUACGUAUAUAUCGAUAUUUUGUCCUCAGUAUAGUGUUUCAUCUUGAGAGAACGCGAUAACGAUUCUUCUUCUUUACUCUACCAAGAGGAUACGAGAGAGAGAGAGAGAGAGAGAGAGAGAGGGGCUCACUAGAGAAAAAUAGAUGGUGGAAACCGCGAACGUGUACAUGCAUAAGAAAUUAUCUCGAUUUAAGGAGAGAGGGAUUUAUUACUCGAGAACGAUAAAAGUUAAUCACGACCGCAUCGUCAGACCAAUGACUAUUGUUUAAUGAUCCUAUCGUUUAAACUUAACGUGUUAAUCUGCAACUAUAAUUCCAGUGCGAAAAGAUACACAUAGGGUACAUUUGCGUAUUUUUACUAUUUGCUAACCGACUUUAUUUUGGUUACGUAUAAAAAGAGAGAAAAAAAAAUGAACCGACGGACUACUUAAUUAUAAUGCAUAUAACGCGUAAGGAAAAGUAGUAGGGACUUAGUACGUAAGUAAAUGGACUCUAGUGAAAGGGAGCGAAGAGCUGCCCGCGUUUUUAACUGACGCGCGGCCGAAUACGCGCGUGGCUACGCGCAUACGCGCGCAUCUAUUACAGUGAGGCACAGGUUAAUAGUUUAAAAAGAUAUGAAAUAUUUUUACUGUGAUGAUAAUAAUGUUUAUACGAUGAUCAAAUAACUAUGACUUGUAUCAUAUAACAAUUGCAAUGUUAAUUAUCCGACGUUUUAUAACAGAAAUUUAAAGAAAAGAAAAAAAAGAUGAAGAGAAAUGGAAGGGGCGCGACGUCCUCCUCUCCGCGUAUACGUAAGCUAAGUCAACGUUCUGUUUAUUUAACCUUUUUUUUUUCUUCUUUUCCUUUGUCUUUUAUCCUCUCAGCAUUCGUCUCAGUCACCAUCAGGUACGACCGAUAAAUUUGUAUACAUGGUGCUACUUAUAUACAUCGCGCUUUAUCAUCCAUCUACUCUCUUUAAUAAGACUGCUCAGCGGCGCGAGAGGUAUAUUUCGCUAUUCAUCGUCGCUCCUUCUCACCAUCCGCCACUCGCAUCUCAUGUGUAUCAUUCUCUCACAUAGAAACAUGCCCAUAUAAUAUAAUGAGAUACUUUUUAAACUGCCAAUUAAUUCUUAAUGCCAUAUUGAAAGCAAUGCAUUCUUUUCUUCGAUUAAUCUUUACAAGCCGAGGAUCAAGGAACAAUCUAUUACACGCCUAAGGCCUUUUUUACUCUCAUUGUCACUUCCACUUUAGCGUACGUUCGUUAUAACGGAUAUAUAGCGGCAGCUUACCUGGGGUGAGGUAUACACGUUCUUCCCCCCCCCCCCUUUAUACAUAUACAUACGUAGACAAUUUCGUUGACAGAUUGAAUUUUAUGUUCCUGUUCCGUGAAGGACGCCAGCUAUCCUGUUCCGUAGGAUGCGAAUCGCACUAAUGAUAAACGCUAAACAGGGUGAUUUUUUACGUUGACCAAGAGCAAAAGCCAUCGUCUCUCGUCCUUAUAAGUUAAAAUCAGCUGUGCUGCUUACUUUCUGAAAUUUUUUACAUCGCGCCGGUGCGGAUAUAUGACGGCACGUUGGCGAUUCAUUCUAUAUUAGAAUGGCGUUAAAAGGAAAAGUUCGACGACAGUUCGGUCUUUACCGGUCGUUGUGUCGAAUUCGGCGCAUCGAUGAACGGAUAUAAAGUUUCAGUCAGUAACGAAAGCACGGAUAAAUCUUAACGUAUUUAAUUUUAUUUAAAAACAGAAAAAAAGCAAAAACACGACGAAGCGCAUUGGUCAAAGACUGUAAAGUAGGUUGGAUGUGACAGCGGACUUUUUUAUAAAUAGCGUACGAAUCAUUUAGUGACCUUACGAAAAUCGCAAGGACUCAUCUCUUAGGAUUUCCUACCGGUGAAUUAGCUUAAAAGCGAUAACUAUUAAUUUUUGAUAGUUGCGUAAUUACAGGCAAUCGGAAUUGAUCGAAAGCAUGUAUAAGAUGAUUUCUGGAGACGAUUAAUUUCACA